AUGGCAGACUUCGAAGAUCCAUCUUACUCUCAUGAAGAGGAUGAAGAAAAGCUCUGGAAUGCUGACAUUGUUGGUCUCGUAGAUCUUGAUAAAUGCGUCUCGAGCCAAUGCGAUUCCCACGAAACGAUCGACGAUACCCUCCGUACCUGGAUAGAAUUGACGACUCGCCUCGGUGGCCUAUCAGACGGAUCUGAGGAUGAAGUCGUUACUUGCGCACGAGUGCUCCUUGCCAGCAAUCUGUUCAGGGUCCAUAGAGACUAUGUCCGCACUCAGAUCAUCUACAGCCUGCUCCAGGAGGACGAAUCUGGUCCGUUGCAUGCUAUUGUUUGCCUUCUUCUCCUCGAUGGCUGCCAGGAUGAGGCCAUGUUCCCUCGCAUGGUGAACGAGGCUUGUUUCCCCCGGUUGUUGGAGCUGAUCAACGGUCGUCGAGACCAAGAUCCGCGUCUGCAUCGGCUUCUUCUGCAGCUCAUGUAUGAGAUGUCGCGUAUGGAGCGACUUCGAGUUGAUGAUCUCACUAAGGUUGAUGAUGAAUUCGUGCAAUACCUUUUUGCCUUGAUUGAAGAGUUAUCUGAUGAUGCGUAUGAUCCAUACCAUUAUCCUACUAUUCGAGUUUUGCUUGUUUUGAACGAACAGUACAUGCUUGCUUCGACUGAAGUCGGCGAUGCUUCUUCUGAUUCACCCUUAACGAACAGAAUUGUUAAAUGUUUGAGUCUUCAUGGGGCAUCAUUCCGAACAUUUGGUGAAAACAUCAUCUUGCUUCUGAAUCGAGAAACCGAGACUUCGCUACAACUACUCAUUUUGAAGCUCCUUUAUUUGCUAUUCACUAAUAAGGCAACAUACGAAUAUUUUUAUACAAACGACUUGAGGGUACUUCUGGACGUCAUUAUUCGAAACCUAAUGGACCUGCCGGACGAAAAGAUGUCCCUGAGACAUACUUACCUACGAGUGCUAUAUCCAUUACUGGCACAUACACAACUUAGCCAUCCGCCGCAUUAUAAGCAAGACGAAAUUCUCCGCGUGCUGAAUAUUCUUCGAGGGUCGCAGAACGUGCACUUCGCACCAGCAGACAACACAACUCUUCGCCUAGUCGAUCGUGUAUCCAAGGUCAAAUGGAUUGAAGAGGCGCAAUCACCCACUGUGGGAUCUGGCGAGGCCGAAGUCGCACGCAGAUUCUUGGGUAUCAGCCUCUCGCGCUCGCAGACCGCGAGUAGUGUUAGCGUCAGCGACGUCGCGGCAGUUAAGGAGAAGCCGGGCGUGCAGACACCAAGCCGAUCGGGUGAGGCGGGCGAAGCUGGCGCUGUAGAUGAAGGUCUCACGAUGGGUACCAGGCCAAAGAAGCCGCUGCCAGAGGUACCAAAGCAUCGACAUGGAGUUCCGUUUGCACAAAAGUUUGUCAAUGGAGGACAGAAGAAGACGCCACCAAAGGCGCCACCACCGCGACGAUGGGGACGGAUGAAGACGGUUGAGAAACCUCCUGCGGAUCCUGUUAAGGAACCGGCUCAGGAGCAGGAGGCCGCCUGA